AUGGCGGGCCCAAUCCGACAGCCCAUAGACAUCAAGUCGCUCGAAAGCUACCUGCAGCAACAGGUCCCAGAAAUCAAGACACCGCUAGAUGUCAAACAGUUUGGCUACGGUCAAUCGAAUCCCACUUAUCUCUUGACAUCCUCGGAUAAGCAGCAAUACGUUCUACGCAAGAAACCUCCAGGAAAGUUGCUGUCAAAGACUGCUCAUAAAGUCGAACGAGAAUAUAGAAUCCUGCAUGCUCUCGAAACAACUGAUGUCCCGGUGCCAAAGACAUAUUGUCUGUGCGAGGACGACGCAGUCAUCGGCACGGCUUUCUACAUUAUGGAGUUUCUCGAUGGAAGGAUCAUUGAAGAUCCGUGUCUGCCAGAUGUCAGUCCUGAGCACAGGAAGGAGAUGUGGCGAUCGGCAGUAACGACUCUAGCCAAAUUCCAUCGCGUGGCUCCCGCUUCAGUGAACCUCGCAUCCUAUGGAAAAGCAAAUGGCUUCUACGAUCGUCAACUCGCGACAUUCAAUACCAUCCAGGAUGCCCAGGCCAAGGCUGUCGAUGUGGAAUCAAAAGAGCCAGUGGGAAAGAUUCCACAUUUUGAUGAUAUGGUCGCGUUCUUCGGCAACAAAGACAGCCAGCCCCAAGAUCGUAGCACCUUCGUCCACGGCGACUACAAGAUCGAUAACGUGGUAUUCCACAAGACAGAUCCAAAGGUUAUAGGAAUCUUGGACUGGGAAAUGUCAACGAUAGGUCAUCCACUGUCGGACCUAAGCAACCUGCUCACGCCCUUCACCACGGCGGAUUCUCCGGUUGCUCGAUCGAUUGGAAGGGGAAGUGAGACCUUCCUUCCUGGCAACACACCUGGUCUUCCCACAAAGCAGCAGUGUAUCGAGUGGUACAGACAAGUAGCCGGUUGGGAUCCACGGCCAGAUAUGACAUGGGGCGAAGCAUUUGGAAUAUAUCGUGGCAGCAUCAUUAUGCAAGGCAUUGCGGCGAGAUAUGCCCUUCGGCAAGCAAGUAGUGCUCGAGCACAGGAGUACGCAGUGCAGAUGAAACCUUUUGCCACGGUCGGUUGGGAUCUGGUCCAGCAAUGUCAGAAGGAAAGAGCUAAACAGGGUAGCAAGGCUAAGCUGUAG